AUGGCCAACAAAUUCGUCUGCACUUUAUUGCUUUUGAUCGCGGCUACAGGCGCCCAAGCUGAUGGAAUUGUAGGUGGUACAGCUUCCUCUAUUAGCGCUCACCCGUACCUGGUAAGCUUGCAGCUAGACGAUGGAACCAUUGUCUGCGGUGGUGCUUUAAUUAAUUCCAAAACCGUUUACACUGCCGCCUCCUGUGUGACUGACUACGAUGUUAGCGCAAUUGUCGUUGGUGUCAACAAUGGUGCUCAGACAGUUAAAAUCGAGUCAUAUAUUUUUGAUGACAAUGCCAUCGGUAUCUUGAAGUUGGCCGAAGCCGUAACUGUUAGCACCUACCUUGGAUUGGCAAACAGCUUACCUUCAAGUGGUGUACUCAUCAGUUGGGAUGCAAACAAUUCAGUGGCAGAAGUAUCUGAAACUAUCACCAGCGCCACGAAAUGCGUUACUCAAGGCUACAAAUACGAAGACGGUGAUCUUUCCAAUUCCGAGUUCUGCGGUUUGGCUGCGAACGAAGCUUGUGAUGAAUUGGCUGGAAGUCCUUUGGUGGCUGACAAUAACUUAGUUGGUGUUGUAUCCUGGGGUUAUGGUUGUGCCAACAAAGACAGCCCAGCUGUUUACUCGAAAGUCGCAAGUGUUUUGUAA